AUGCCCUUCAUAGAGCUCCUUCUACCUCGGUUCCUCGCGCUCGGCGGACCUGGUGCAAUAGUCACUAUGGUGGCCGUACAACACUCUAUCCAGGCGCGUGGUUUCUCAGUUUCCAUUCGACCCGCUCGCUGGACAGGCAGAGAAGCGGAGCCUUUACCAGUAUACGGCUCCUUCAGGCAGAGAAUAAAACGAGGCUCAGACGCGCACGGAUAUGUGAUUGUAUGGGACAAAUGCACAUUCGAACUGGUCAUCACUGACACGACAGGUGGCAUCUCUUCAAUUGCAUAUGUUUUCGUGGAUGGAAAGGAAGUGUUUAGGACAUAUCUGCCAGGAACGAAACAGACGGUGGUGGUCAAGGGUGCAUAUGAAGAACGAGGCUCGAGAGUCUAUCCACUCUUCUUUCGGAGACGAACUCCCGAAGAAAGAUCUGUGCUUGGCCCGCAGGACAAAUUCGGUAUGAUAUCCAUAGUAUUCCGCGAACCUCUGCCGCCGAGCCCGCACUAUCGUCGCAAGGCCUUCCCAGUCAUGUCUCCUACCACCCAUCGGAGUCGGGAUUUCGUAGUGUGGAGGAGUCGCUUGCUGUCACCUAUCAGCUCACGAAAUGCGACGACGGAUCGCUCAGGUCGAUUUGAUGUGGAGCCCCUCGCCACACUGAAUAUACGCUACACGUCAGGACGCACUCUGUUUCAAGAAAUACUCUACCAGCCCAUGGACCUGAAUGAGAGGCAGGAGAACCAGCGCAAUCUCGGUGAAUAUGACAUUCCACCUCUCAAGCGUCGAAGACUUGAAUACAAAGAUCAGCUGCCCAUCGUCACUGAUUUAAACGCAGCAGCGAGAGUGCUUGUAGAACGGCACCUCUACCCUCCUUCAGCCGAAACGUUCUGUCCGGAAUCAGAGAAGCAGCCGGGAAUGCGCUAUGCCUUUGCUUUUAAAGAAAGCUUCGGGUCGAGCCCAACGUUCAGGGCGUCUCCGCUGAGAAAUGAACUGCGUAUGACGUCGGAUAUGUAG